CUUCUACAGUUGGAGCUGAAGAGAAAGACGGAGGAGGCGCUAUGUUAGGAGCGCUCCUAAACGUUGGAGCUGGUGGAAUCGGAGGCGUCGGCAUUCGCUAAGAGAGCUCUAGGAAACAGGGACACCGCAGCGGUUCUUUGGCAGCGGUAUCAAAAAUGCGGACUCUGCCCAACCCGCCUGCAAGUCACAAUGUCUUUUGUCCACCAUGAUGCAAUAGCUCUGACUAAUUCUAUUCUAGCCGAAAUCGAGGAAACUGGUGAAAUUGACGAUGCACAUAAUCGGCAAUUAUACGCACUUUUCGGCGCGUCGUUCUUAUCGGCACUGAAUCUCAUUGACAGACAAGCAGUUAAAAAGGUGGUGUGUCCUGCCCAGCGAAGCUUUAUCACCAUCGCAGAGAUAUCAGCCCCAGAUCCGAACGUUAUUCACGCACCCAAAUGUCCUACUCGAUGCUUUCUGAAAAGACCGUAUUGCACUUGCGAAAUAUUCAGUAGCAAAGUGGUAUAUAAGUCUGAAAUAACUAUGUGCGAGCACCUACUUGCGGCAAAUCUAGCAGAGAGACUGAAGAUAAUACCGCAAGUUCAACUUACGGACGAGGAGUUUGGUGAAGCACUCUACCUUUUAAGAACGCCAUGAUGUGCUCAUUUGAUCUCGUUCACAUUUACGGUGACCAUCUCCGCUCGAGUUGGAGGGUUCAAUAGCCAUAGUCAUCGUCGCUGGAAAGCUGUUCUGAGGAGGCUAGACACAAGUACGUUGAGCAUUUGGAACUCCUGUUAAGUUGUCACAGGAUUUAUGCUAUGAAACCCUACCAUAUUCAUCAUCCAAGACAUCAUCAUAAUCCUCUUCUUCGGGGUAAUCGUUCUGAUAAAAGUCUUCGGCUACAGAGGAUGUUAAAUAAGCAAACUAAUUUUAAUGUUCAUGAAUAAAUUUUUUAUGUGUACAUACCAUUGGAGUCUUCAU